UAGGUAGUCGGUGCCUAAACAAAACACACAAAGAGAGUGUUGACAAUUUGUUGGAAACAUAAUUGCGUCAUCCUUGGAUCUUGUGUUCUUUCCAUAACCAAAUCUCAAACCCCAUUUCUUUCCAUAAGCACUCGUUGCAAUCACUUUACAAACUGUGAGCAAUCUCUGUUCGGCUAAAAUCGAGCAGGGGAAAAAAGAAAAAGAAAAAAAGAAAAGAAAAAGGAAAUGGGGUGCUCUUUUUCUGGGCUGAAUGCUUUAUAUGAUUCAACAAAUGGUGAUGUUUGGAUUAAUGAAAAUAGAUUUAAAGUAAUAAGGCAACUUGGUGAAGGUGGAUUUGCAUAUGUGUUUCUUGUUAAGGAAAUUCUUAUUAAUAAUGUUGAUGGUAGUGGUGUUGGUAACAAGUUUAAAGAUCCUUCUCAUAUUUCUGAUGAUGGAACUUAUGCUAUGAAGAAAGUGUUGAUUCAGAGUAAUGAACAGUUGCAUUCUGUCAAGGAGGAGAUCCGUAUCUCAUCUAUGUUUAAUCACCCGAAUCUGCUUCCUUUACUUGAUCAUGCUAUUAUCUCCGUGAAAGGCACACCAGAACAGAAAUGGACACAUGAGGCGUACCUGUUAUUUCCAGUCCAUUUGGACGGGACAUUGCUGGACAAUGCAGCAACAAUGAAGACUAAGAAGGAGUUCUUUUCUACCUCUGAUGUUCUCCAGAUUUUCCGUCAGCUUUGUGCAGGACUUCAGCAUAUGCACAAUCUUGAAACACCAUAUGCACAUAAUGAUGUGAAACCUGGAAAUGUCCUUUUAACACAUCGUAAAGGACAGCCACCAUUGGCUGUGUUGAUGGAUUUUGGAAGUGCCCGUCCUGCUAGAAAGCAGAUUCGCUCUAGAUCAGAGGCCCUUCAGCUGCAGGAAUGGGCAUCUGAGCAUGUUUCAGCACCUUUCCGAGCUCCUGAAUUAUGGGAUUGCCCAAGCCAAGUAGAUAUUGAUGAAAGGACAGAUGUAUGGUCUUUAGGUUGCACUUUGUAUGCUAUAAUGUAUGGUGUAUCGCCAUUUGAGUAUGCACUAGGGGAGUCGGGGGGAAGCUUGCAAUUGGCUGUGAUUAAUGCACAGAUUAAGUGGCCAACAACCCCUAAACCAUCAUAUCCUGAUGCCCUUCAUCAGUUUGUUUCAUGGAUGCUCCAGCCUCAAGCCGCUGUUCGACCUCGCAUAGACGACAUCCUCAUUCAUGUUGAUAAGUUGAUCACCAAGUUCUCCCUUUAAAUUGUAUCUCCUGUUCGUUACUGGGUACUAUAUACGACUCUUGCUAGUGACAGUUGAAGAUGGAAAGAUAUGAAAACAAGAACAGUUGGUAGUUUAUUGUUUAUUAGAAAUGUUAUACAGUACAUGCCCAUAGGUGCACAUUGAAUAGAUUCGUGCACGAUUAUGCAGUAUGCGGUCAAGUAAACGGAUGGAAUUGGUGUCUUUGUAACACAGACCUUUGGUGUAUCAUUUUGACUAGAAAUGUUUAUUUUAUAAUUUUGUAACUUUUAUUGGAGGUGAAUUGAAUAAUACAUAAUAUAUCUCUGUGGUUUGUAAAACAUAUUCAGUUUUUGUAAUAUUUAUAUAAUGGGAGAUUCUGCCAUUGAAGGA